AUGGGACUGGGGCUGCGGCUCAGGGUCGAGACUUCCGAGGUACCCUGCUGGAUGGUCCAGGAGAGCGGGGACCGGCACCAGCUGAGACAGGAAUGGGCUUGGGGCUCCUGGCUGAUGCUGCAGGCUUGGGCGGGCAGAUCCUUGGGAAGGGGCCAAGAGGGUGGGGUGCACCAGGCUCUCUUUUUUUCCCAGCUCCCCUCUCCGAGGAGCUGUGCCCAUGAGCACCAAGCGGCGCCUGGAGGAGGAGCAGUGAGUUUGGGGGCAGGGAGGAACUCCCAACAAGAUCUCUGUCACCUCUGGUCCCCAACAGGCUGCCUCCUGUGUCAGUAUCCCAGCCUGCCUCUCUCCCAUCUCUCCCCAGGGAGCCUCUGCGCAAGCAGUUUCUGUCUGAGGAGAACAUGGCCACCCACUUCUCUCAACUCAGCCUGCACAAUGACCACCCCUACUGCAGCCCCCCCAUGACCUUCUCCCCAGCCCUGCCCCCACUCAGGAGCCCUUGCUCUGAGCUGCUUCUCUGGCGCUAUCCUGGCAGCCUCAUCCCUGAGGCCCUCCGUCUGCUGAGGCUGGGGGACACCCCCAGUCCCCCCUACCCUGCAACCCCAGCUGGGGACAUAAUGGAGCUCUGAGUGCUGGUGGACAGUGCCCCUCCCACCUUCCUUCUUCCCCACAACAGAAGAGACCAGCGACUCCCGCAAAGGGACAAGGUUCCUCCCUCUCCUGCAGAGUAGGCAUCUGGGCACCAAGACCUUCCCUCAACAGAGGACACUGAGCCCAACGGAGUUCUGGGAUGGGAGGGGUGGGAGCAUGGGAAGGGAGGCAUCCCACCCCCAAGAAGAACUGAAUAAAGAUUGCUGAGCAAAGGAA